CCUGAUUGCCCAAUGCCCAAAGCAGCGCAUCAGAGAUCAUAUUUUUUCUCUGAUCGUUGUUGGAGCCAGCGAACUGACCGACCGUCACGAACCCACCCGGUCGUCUGCCUUCAGCCUCCUCCCCAUCGUCGGCAGCCUUCCUCCACCUUUUCCCAGCCCGGUUGGCACCCAUCGUGUCUUUCUGGCUGGCAGCGAAGUACCUUGGAUUUUCUGCCGUACCGUCAAGGUUAGGCACCGAAACAGUCACGUUACGUUACUAUGGCUCCAACUACCACGGCCGCCACGAACGGCACUCCGGCCGGAGCUGUCGUGGGUCACCAGCGCCGCCCGACCAAGACGCACGUUGUGCCUGUGUUGCCGCUUCCCUUGGACCGAAAGCAUCGAGAGCAGCGCCAGCAGCGUGAGAUGCGCGCCGCUCAAGCUGCUGCACCAUCGACACCGACGGCCACCGCCCACAACCACGCAAGCGCCCAGCCUCGCGAUGCUCCGGCCGCAGACUCAAACGCGCGCCCCCAGGCAAACGGCAAGGCCGACUAUUCUCCUCGUCGCGAGGUUCCUACCGCAACGGUCCAGAAGAACAACGAAUCCGGGUCUACCGCUCGCGAGAACCACUCGGCUGUCCGCCAAGCCUCAGUGCCACCUUCCGCCACUGCACCAGCUAUGCCAAGGCAGCCCCUAGCUGCCAACCACUUCACAAACACUAUGGGUGCACCGCCGCCGCCCCAUUCUGCCACAUACUCUGGCUUCGUCCCUCCGCCUCAUAUGGUCGAUAUCCAUUCUCGUGGCAAGGAGAACAUACCACCGACGUCGAACGGCAUAAUGAUGCCUCCUCAGCAGCCACCAUUCCGCCCUCCGCCGCAUCAACUACACCAUCCUCACCCAAGCGAAAGCAGCAUCAUGUUUGGUGGUUUCCAGGGCUCCAACAACACCUCGCCAGGCCCUGCUUCUGCCGGCAUGUAUCCGCCACCGGGAAUUCCCUUCAACGAGCAUCCGCAUGCGUCUAAUGGUCACUCGCAUGGAUGGCAGCCAGAGCAUGCCAACGACGGUGGCCCUGUGUAUCCUCCCGCAGUCGCUCCGAAUGUCCUCCCCUCACCAUCUCAUAGUUUUCAGGGAUCGAUGUCCUCCAACACGGCCGAGAGUGGCCCUAACCGUGAAGAAAAUGGCCACACCUACAUGCCUCCUCCUGUCAUGAUGAACAAUGGCAUGGCCAACGGCCACCACAUGGAAAACCAUAACGCGGUCCUGCCCGUCAUGCCACCAAACUCGACUCAUCCUACCCCGCCUCGCUUCAUCAUCUCCCAGAUCCACCAGCACGAGAUACAAAAGUACUUUGAGUUCAACUUCAACAACCCGGCAUCUGCGGACUGCCAGAUUGUGAUCAGGUUCUCUCCCGAAUCCGACAACAACCCAUGGCGUGCACCUGUUGAGCUGUUUGGUCAUCGCUUUAUCCUUAGCAUCAGCCCCGCGUUGCGGGCCCACUUGCGCCAGACGGGCAACGAUAGAGACGUUGCGAUUGUCCUGAAUGACCCGUACCUCAGGACAGACGUAAUGUGGGACUGUCUCGCUAGUCUCUACGGCCGUCCUCUCUCGGAUAUUCCGGAAGGCGAUUUUGCUCGCGCAGCUGGCUUCCUCGCCACCGGCUGUGCUCUACAGCUGAGCUCCAUCAUCCGCAAGGGUGUUGAGGACGUUAUGCACAGCAUUCAACACUGGGAGACUUUGGAACGUGGUAUCGAGCUGGUCUUCCUUGGCACCACUGAAUUUGUCAACGACGCCUCGUACUCGCAGCCUUCCCAUGAGAUUCGCUACAGGCAUGGUCCCGCCUCUAAUGCUCUGAUGGAAUUCAUCGUCGAGUGGAUUAUCAGGCACAUUCCGGUCAGCUACUCAUUUGACAGCAUUUUUCACCUCCCAAGUUACAGCCGCCUCCCCAACGUUGCUAUGCCUCCACGACGGGAUGUGUCUGCCGAGGAAACUUUGGCGCCUACUGUACAAGUGCCUACCAAGGAGAAGAACCCUAUGCUUAAGAUGAUGAAGUUUGGUGACCUGCCCCUGGCUUCAUCCCAGCCCAGCCGUGAGGAGAAUGGCCACUCCCCGGUGAGCUCUGUCCCCUCAAGCUCUCCAGUCAAGGUUAAUGCGAUCAUCUCUCGGAUUCUUGUCAACUUGCCUUACGCAAUUUUAAAGGACAUCGUUGAGUUCAAGGAUGCCGGCAACUUUGAUGGCUUGAUGACCACCCCUCUUCGGCACCAGAUCUUCUCUCAGAUCAUUAAAGAACGCGAGAGCCGCCGCUUGGAGGUCGUGGAGGCUAUCAAGGCAGGCAAGUGGACAGAAUCCUCGAUCAAGACUCGUCUUGCAUCAGAUGGAGAAGAUGCUGGCUCCCAAAGGUGGGACGUGCUCGGAUGGAAAGAGACGUACGUUUUCAAGGACGGCGCCUCUAACAUCUUCCGCCAAUGGGAGCCUGUCCGGUUCCAGUAAUCUUGUUCUGUCUUUGCUCUAAUUUUUGAGGUGUUGGCUUCAUUGCCACAUACGCGGCUUUGACUGUCAUGGUCCAAUCCACAUAUACCCACGGACAUUCAACGCCUCAUUUCUUUACGACUGCACGAAGUUCACCUUGAGGGGACAUCCCCUGAUUUGAAAAGCGGGCGACUCCUAUUUCCUUGGCAAAAAAUGGGUUUCUGUUCUUGUUAUCUCUCGAUUAUCUGGUUUGCGGGCAUUGCGUUCGGUGUUGGAGUUUAUAAGGGCAGAUGUCGUUUGUUCAUCGUCCUGUCUUCUAAUUUUGUGUUUAAUGGGAUUACAAAAAAAUACUGGUCUCGGGGCGUGGCUAUUCGGGAAAAAAAUUGGCUUUCAUCAUUUCUGUCUUCCAAUCACCGGCAAUGCGAGUUACAACGGGCCUCUUUUGGUGGCAGGUUUCUAUUCUCUUUCCCUUUGGUUCCAUUUGGGUAUUGGCUUUGACCCGACACCAUUGUUAAGAUUCCUUCUGGGCUUCUCCAUUUCUUUAUCUUUGUCUUUUAUCAGCCAGCUCCAAAAGGCUCCUUGUUUUCUUUGGACUCUUAUGAUUUAUUUAUCAAGCUUGGCCGGCGGGUUGCAAUGCUUUGCGCCGUUUUUUCCCCCCUUGCUUCGAUUGGAAUGCCCAGCUAGCAUUCAAGUUUCUUAUGUUCCUCUAUCCAUAUUUCUUGUUCCUUAUCCGUUCAAUUUCUUCUUCCCUCUUUUGUUUUCCAAUUGGUACUGGGCGUGUUACGAAAGGAAAAGUGUAGAUUCGAGUCGAAAAAAGAACGGACGGCUUACCCAAAAUUACAAAAAAUUGACGUCAUGUUGCCAGCUCG